UAUCAUCUCUGCAGCCUAUUAACAUAAGCCUAUAACAUUUAAAAAAAAAAAAAAAAAAAAAAGAACAGCAAGAAAAACAAAGUAUACAUUAUCAAGCAUUAGAUAGGGACAGGCCUACCGUUGAAUGACAUACACAUGCAAAUAAUCUUUUUAAAUAAAGGUCACAAGUUAAUGAGCUUUGUUUGAGCAUCAUCUUAUUGUUUUGAGUUGAGAUUGGAUUCAGAGACAGUACACUCAUAUUGGAUGCGUUGCUGCCCCUUUGUGGUUAAAGUUUUAAGCACACUCGUAGGCCACUGUAUAAAAAAUCAAGUGGUUUUUACUACAUAAGAACCAAAGGUUUAAAACGCUUUUCUAGGAAACAGAGUGCCUGACCUAUAUUGAAUAAUUAAUACAAAAAGCCACUUACAUGAGAGCUAGCUUAGCUCAUUUAUCAUAUUUCUAAAUAAAGCAACAACCCUUAUGAAUAAUACAACAGCAUACGUCACCCUGCAGUCAACGCAUGCGCACAAGCAAGUGAAAGCGUAGGCAUCAACAGCACUCUAGUGUCAACUAUCGUCAACAACUUUGAUACCGUCAAGAUUUGGGAUAUAUCAAAGACCUCAGCUGUGGCUUCAAGGCUGAAAUUGGACGCUUAAUCUGUCUUGAAACAGCGCGAUAGCAAAAACGGGAAAAAGGAGAAGUGAUAGCUUUCGAACUCGGGGUACACUUUAUAGAAGUCGGUCCCAUCGACCGUCCCAUUUUAAUGUUGCGCACUUACUUCCUGUUGUCAUUGUGGCGGUCAGAAACUAAAAAGUAAUGUUUGACAUGUCGUGAAGGACGUGGGAAAGGAGUAAAACAACACGGGCCCCGUGUGUUUUUGUAUGUCUUCUACAUGAGUUUACUGGCAGCAUGUCGCUGAGUUCAGGCGGUUGGACUCAAACCCCUGGCUUCACACCGGACCAGUCCGCCGCUUUCCAGAGCCAGUAUGGGGCCUCGCAGUCACAACCUGCCUGCCAGACCGUCCUCAUGUCGGUUCGGGUGUCGGUGUGCCAUUCGGGUAUUCGGCCGCUGUGUCUUCCGGGAGCAGCUGAUGAGUCACUCCGCCUGCAGCUCAGCAUGGACCCAAGAAAAUCCGGGGAAUUCCGCCUGUCCCUCCAAGACAGCAGCGGGACUGGCCGGAGUGUGACCAUCGCUGAGUUUGAUUUAGGGAUGGUCAACUAUGAGGUGAAGUCACCAAAGUGCCAUGAACUGAGUUUGGUGGCGCCUCCGCAUGAGCGAAUCAGCUUCAACUUUCGUUGUGAGCAGGAGGCCCAGGAGUGGGCAACUGUGGUGAUGUCGUCACUGAGAGAAGCACACAGAGUUGUCCCUCAAGAUAACGGAGCACAACGCCUGCCAGAUAGUUCUGAUCUGAAGAAUUGCAAAGCUCUGCAACAGACAGAGGACACUUGUAUAGAGCUGACCCGAGCUAUUGAAGCGGGUGACAUUCAGUCUGCUUCUGUCUUCGCUGCAACGCUCGCCAGACAACAUGCCGCACUCAAGAUUCAGCCAUCAAGCAGAGAUUAUGAAGACACUGAAAUCAACUUGACAGUUGUAGUUGAGGAUUCCUCUUCAUCCUGUUGUGUUACUGUGAAAGUCUCCCCACACAUGACUACUGCAGCGCUGAAACAGCAGAUGUUUCUUGAGUAUGGCUUCCAUCCGCGGGUGCAGCGCUGGGUGAUAGGCCAGUGUCUGUGCACUGAUCAGCGCUCCUUGGCCUCAUACGGAGUUCAUCAGGAUGGUCACACAGCCUUCUUGUACCUUCUAUCAGCCUGUCACGCUCGCUUGUCUCUCCAAACCCUCCAACGGGACCAGGAGAGCGCUCUCCUUCUGGCUCCUCCGUCUUUGUCCCUUCCCACUCCUCCCCUCCCUUCUACCUCGGCGAAUGGCCCCUCAUCUCUGGACAGGAGGCCUUACAACACCCUGCCUCCUAGACUGCAUACCAGCAGCAGCAGUACUGCUGGGUCAGAGAGAGGAAACAUCAGCGAGAUCAGAGAUCUCAUCAACUUAGAGAUGCCUCAACUCAAUGAAGCACUGAGCCCAAACCCAGUCUCUACUCAGGGUUGGUCCUGCCCUUCUUGCACUUAUAUUAACAAGCCAACGCGGCCAGGCUGUGAGAUCUGCAGCACAAACCGCCCUGAGAGCUACGUCAUCCCGGGAGGAUACAGACCUGACGCACUUGAAUUAAGACGAAUCCAGCAGGAAAAGGAAGCAAUCCGACAGUACCAGCAGGCAAGAGAAGAGGAGCGCAGGGAGAACUUUGCCCGGCUUGUAAUGAUGGACAGCCAAGACCUGCUGCCAAACCCAGAGCCUGUAGACUGUAGGAUCUGCUAUGUGGACCUGCAGCCAGGAGAGGGCGUCCUGCUGAGGGAGUGUCUGCACUGCUUCUGCAGAGAGUGCUUACGUUCAGUCAUCAUGCUGAGUGAAGAGCCUGAGGUGUCCUGUCCCUACAGAGAUGACUUAUAUUCCUGUACCUCCUCACUGCAGGAGAGGGAGAUCAGAGCUCUGGUGCCAGCAGAGGAGUACGAGCGCUGGCUGCAAAGAGGUCUGUCCGUGGCUGAGUCUCGAUGUGAGGGCAGCUACCACUGUGCCACUCCAGACUGUCUGGGCUGGUGUGUGUAUGAGGACACGGUUAAUGUCUUCCACUGCCCAGUCUGCAGGAAACACAACUGUCUGAUUUGCAAGGCUAUCCAUGAGGGAAUGAAUUGUAAGCAGUAUCAGGAUGAUCUUGCAGCCCGAGCUAUAAAUGACUCUGCUGCCAGACGGACAACACAUCUACUAAAGACUCUUGUGCAGUCAGGUGAGGCAAUGCACUGCCCUCAAUGUGGCAUCAUUGUGCAGAAGAGGGACGGAUGUGAUUGGCUGCGCUGCACAGUUUGUCAUACUGAGAUCUGCUGGGUAACCAGAGGACCGCGCUGGGGCCCCAGGGGUCCUGGAGACACGAGCGGAGGAUGUCGCUGCAAUGUCAACAACCAGAAAUGCCAUCCUAAAUGCCAGAACUGCCACUGAGAAUCUCAGGACUGGGGAGAUUGUAUAAGGGAAUAAAAGACUGGAAAUAGACUGCUCUCCAUAAUCGGGGGGGGGGGGGGAAGCAUUAAUGUGAAAAGUAAUGGUCUCAAACCAAAAAUUAUCUGACUGACAGGUGUGUUACAUUUAGCACAGUCACAUUCUCAAUGUCUUCUCAGAAACAGAAAGUGCGUGUUGACCUUUAUCUCUGCCUCUCACGAGGAAAACAAGUCUGCAGUUACAAAAAUAUCUCAUCUAACAAGGAUGAAGCUAAGUAUCAUAAGAUGUCUGCAGGGAAAGGGUGUUCACUGUUACUGCAUGUGGUGCUUUUGCACUGAAAAUGUAGCAAUGCAGGUUUGUUAUUUUCUGUUUUGAUAGAUAUACACCGGGGUGCAUCAUAUUAAACUGAAGGGGCCUUAUUCUUGUGCACAAAAGCUGUAGUGGGGGGGUUUAUGAUGAGGUUUCUGGAUCCUUGCUGUGUCCUUGAUAUGCAAUUUCCUGCAUAGACAUAGAUCAAAGUAUUAUAUGGAGCUAUAUGUGGAAACAUGUUUUUGUGGCUGCGUGGUAGCUAGACUGCAUGUUACCAAAGAGGUUUGAGAUUAAAUUGUGUCUGUUUGAAUGGAACCAGACUGAGUGAGAGAGUUCACCGCUCACAUGUGUCACUGCGGUACUGCUGACCAGCUGAGUAUUUUAUGAUGCCAUUAUUAGUAACUUGCAGAGUGUUUUGAUGAGUAACAAAAGGUUUAUGAUAAUACAUGAUCACUUUCUGAGAGAGAUCAAAUUUAACACAUUUCAUCAAUAAGCUAAUAUUCCUCUGAAGGAACUCAAAUAUAAUAGGGUGCAUACAGUAAUGGUGAGAGCCAAACUUAGCAGUUAAAAGCUUUUUAUAGGUGACAAUAGUUUUAAAUAUCCUCUGGGUUAUCUUUGCAUGAAGUUAUUCUAAUUCUGUAAUGAGAAUGAGCAACAUAUCCUGUACAGCCUUGACUAUGAAAAGUAUCUUACAAACUGCACUGUCUUUAAAAAAGAUUUUUUUUCUACAUACACCCUGACUACACUACUGCCCUGCACUGACAAGCCAUGAAUAAGUCUUCACUGUUAAAGUAUCAGCUCUGUGUUGCUGAUGUACCGUUGUGCCUUACUGAUGAAUAAAUACUCUCUAAACUCA